UUCCCUCCGGGCUUCCCCGAUUGUUGUGGCCUGUCGGAAGCGGCGGAGGUGUGCGCAGGCGCGCCUCGAGAACUCACCUGUCUUCCGGCUCUACCUGUCCGCGCUGGAGCCGGAGGAUGCGGCUGCGCUCGGGGGUCUUCGCCUCCGCCUGCCUGCUAGUGCAGGCGCUGGGCGUCGGGCUCUUCCUCAGGGGCUUCUUCCCGGUGCCGGUGAGGUCGCUGCCUAGGAGCGGGGCGCUUGCCGGGCCGCCGGCGGAGCCGCCUCCCACAGGAUUCUCUUCCAACUGGACGAAGGUGCCAUCCCCUGUCUUUAAAAAAACUGUCAUAGUACUGAUUGAUGCCUUGCGAGAUGACUUUGUGUUUGGCUCGAAAGGCAAAAGGUUCAUGCCCUACACAACCCAGUUGGUGGAAAGGGGAACAUCUCAUAGUUUUGUAGCGGAAGCCAACGCACCUACAGUCACCAUGCCUCGAAUUAAGGCACUGACAACGGGGAGCAUCCCGGGUUUCAUCGAUGUCAUCAUGAAUCUCAAUUCUCCAGCAUUGCUGGAAGACAACUUGAUACAGCAGGCCAAAGCAGCUGGGAAAAGGAUAAUCUUCUAUGGUGAUGAUACUUGGGUUCGACUAUUUCCAAAGCAGUUUGUAGAAUAUGAUGGAACAACAUCUUUUUUUGUCUCGGACUAUACAGAGGUUGAUGAUAAUGUUACCAGACACUUGGAUAAUGUGAUGAAAAGAGAAGACUGGGACCUGCUCAUCCUUCACUACUUGGGGCUGGACCAUAUUGGUCAUCUGAGUGGACCACACAGUCCUUUAAUAGGGCCAAAGCUUUCUGAAAUGGAUAACAUCAUCAAGAAGAUUCAUACUUCUCUCCUCUCCAAGGAGGAGGGAGAGGUGGCUUCACCCCACCUGCUUGUUGUGUGUGGCGACCAUGGGAUGUCCGAAACAGGGAGCCACGGGGGAUCCUCGGAGGGCGAAGUGCGGACGCCCCUGCUUUUCGUCAGCUCUGCUUUCGACAGGGCCGGGGGUCUCCUGAAACCUCCAGAGCUUGUUCAGCAGACUGACUUAGCCGUCACGCUGGCCAUUGGCCUUGGCUUGCCCAUCUCAAGGAACAGCGUCGGGCAGCUUUUGUUGCCUGUUGUGCAGCAGAAGACGGUGAGAGAACAGCUGCGGUACUUGCAUUUAAAUGGAUUCCAGCUUAGCAGACUCCUCCAGGAGAACAUGGCUACCUAUGAAAAAGAUCCUGGAUUCCAGCAGUUUAAGAUGGUGGAAAAAUCCCACGGAAGUUGGCUCAAGCUCUAUUUGGAAGGGAAUACCUCGGAAGUCCUCAGAAACCUUGGCAAAAAAGUUCUCAGGCAGUAUUUAGAGGCCAUCAGGGUCCUGAGCUCUUCAUUAAGCAAGCAAGUGGCACAAUACGACACAUAUUCAAUGAUAGUGGGGACCGUCAUUAUUCUGGAGGUGCUGGUGCUGCUUCUAUUGAGUACCGCAAAAGCUCUAAGCAGCAGGGCGGAACUGGAAGUGCCCCUCUCCCUAUUGUGUUCUCUGCUGUUCUACCUGACAUGCCUGAUGCUCUGUACGGUUCAUGUCGUCGUGUGCACUUCGGCAGAGAGCUCGUGCUAUUUCUGCAGCAUCUCAUGGCUAACAGCCACUGGAGUGAUUGUGCUGAUUUCCGGGCUUCUCUGCGUCGUUCUCUCUGCCCUGGAAAAUGUGUUUGUGAACCCCAAACUAAUGACAAAGAAUCCAGCUGCCGCUACUUCCAGCUGGUCUGAAUUUGACGUGCUCAUCCUGGCAGGCACCAUUGGCCAUGUGUCAAGUCUGGGCGCUAGCAGCUUCAUUGAAGAGGAGCACCAAACUUGGUACUUCCUCGUCAGUACCCUCUGCCUUGCCCUCUGCCAGGAGACCUGCAGGCACUGUUUCCUGGCUAAAGACUGCGAUCUUCAGCUUCCCUCUUCAUCCAAAGCAGACCCUGAAAAUGUCAAAGGAGCCCACCACCACAGGGAUGAUGCUGGGUUCCUGCAGGAUGCCCCGAAAACGGGCAAGGCUGCCAACUCUGAGAGCACAAGGGGCUCCGAGAAGUGGAUGGUAUUGGCCACUCCCUGGGUUGUUCUCAUUUGCUGCCGUUUGCUUCGCUCGCUAAAUCAGACUGGGGUUCAGUGGGCUCACAAGCCAGAUUUUGGCCACUGGUUGACAAGUUCUGAACAUAAAGCUGAACUUUCUCUCGUGGCAUCUGUAUCUCUAGCUAUGAUUUUUAUUCUUGUGCAGCGGAGAUGUUCUCUGGUUUCAAAAAUAGCAAUGGCACUUGGACUCUUGGGAGUGUACAGUUACCGGGCAGCCAUUGGAAAUGUGGAAUUUCCAUGGCAACGAGACAGCAAAGAUAUUUCAAAGGGCAUAAUUGAAGCACGCUUCGUCUAUGUCUUUGUUCUUGGCAUCGUCUUCACAGGCACCAAAGACUUGCUCAAAUCUCAGGUUCUCUCGACAGACGCUAAGACAAAGUUUAUAGGAUUGUGGGAAAUCUACAGCGGGUUGGUCCUGCUGGCUGCGCUUUUGCUCAGGCCUCACAACUUGCCCGUCUUGGUCUUCUGUCUUCUCAUCCAAGCCAUGAUGACAAAGUAUGUCUGGAAGCCGCUGGAGUUUGAUGCAGCUCAAGUUACCAUCAUGCAUUACUGGUUUGGACAAGCGUUCUUCUUUUUCCAGGGCAACUCAAACAGCAUUGCCUCUGUGGAUGUUUCGGCUGGCUUUGUCGGGCUUGAUAACUACGUGGAAAUCCCGGCCAUCUUCCUAACUGGAUUUGCGACAUAUUCUGGACCUUUGUUGUGGGCCAUUCACUUGCUGUGCUAUUUGAGCUCUGAAGUGAGCAGGAAUCCUUCAGCCAUGGGGCACGGCUGCUUCUGUUACGCGCUGCUGCGUUCCAUCCCGGUUGCCGUGUACAUCAUCUUGGUCACGGGCCUGCGGUACCACCUCUUCAUCUGGAGCGUUUUCUCGCCAAAGCUUCUCUACGAGGGGGUGCAUGUCUUCAUCACGGCAGCCGUGUGCACCUUCUUCACAGCCAUGGAUCACAACCACUUGCGUAAAGUCCAAGACUGAAAGCAACCAUUAAGGCAGAGUCUUGCAUAAUUUCAAGCGACGGACUGAAUUUCUACUAUGGAAUGUGGAUUCUUGCCAUUAGAUUGAUAUUUAAAAGUUAACUGGGUAUCUAUUUUUGGCAAACAUGUUUAUACAUGCAUACAUAUCUACACACACACACACACACACACACACACACACACACACACAUUGCAUUGCAGAUUCUGGCUUGAAGUGCUGAUCCAAGCGUAACAGGCCGUGUGGUGGGGAACGGUAUCUAAAUUUCAGUUGGACUAUAAAUGGAUUGUUAGAUCGCAUCCCUUCCGUGCCAGUUUUCAUUGCCUGCCUUAACUACAGUUAAGCAUCACAUUGGCAUAGAUGUUGAUUGCAAUGGAAACUAGCCAGGCUCUGUUCUCUAUCUUACAAAACCAGAGUUUGAAGCUGGUUAACAGGCACUGGUCAAGUGGGCAUUUGGCUUGACUUAACUAUGAUUAAUGAAGGGACGCAGGUGGCGCUGUGGGUUAAACCACAGAGCCUAGGGCUUGCUGAUCAGAAGGUCGGCGGUUCGAAUCCCUGCGACGGGGUGAGCUCCCGUUGCUCGGUCCCAGCUCCUGCCAACCUAGCAGUUCGAAAGCACAUCAAAGUGCAAGUAGAUAAAUAGGAACCGCUACAGCGGGAAGGUAAACGGCGUUUCCGUGUGCUGCUCUGGUUUGCCAGAAGCGGCUUUGUCAUGCUGGUCACAUGACCUGGAAGCUGUACGCCGGCUCUCUCGGCCAAUAAAGCGAGAUGAGCGCUGUAACCCCAGAUUCGGUCACAACUGGACCUACCGGUAAUGGUCAGGGGUCCCUUUACCUUUAACUAUGAUUAAUACCCAUUGCUAACUAUUAAAUGGUGGUUAUAGUAAUCAGUGGCAAUUGGUGCUGGAAGUGGUCACAGGCUGCCCCCGAUUUCUUAAAUGCACCACAAUUGUCCAUGUUGUGUAUGCACUAUCUGGGUUUGAACAUCUGAACAGGAUAAUCUCUUGAGAAGUUCUUACUGGUCUUCAUUCCUUCAUAUUGGAGUUUAGAUGAAAAUCUACCAGUCUUUAACAGAUUGCUGGGGCUAGGGUUGUCUCUAUCACUGGGACUGUAUGUUGAAAUUUUUUUCCACUCCUGCACUGCAUUUCUCAUUUGUUAAUCAUAACUUGAAUAAGUAAAGUUUUUAUCUCCUUAUCAAAUUCCAUGGAGUGCUGGCUGAUGAACCUCACUCAAAGGUUAAAACUGUGAAGAAGAUUCUCUCCAAAACAAUUACUUGUAUUUUUGUUGUUGUUCCUUUGAUAUAUUCUGAACAUUAUGGCUCACAAUGUGACAGGAUGCUGUGAACUGGAGAUUAGACACACACAUACAUUUAUACCAUAGCUGCCAAGUUAUCCCUUUUUUUAAGGGAUUUUCCAUUAUGCUGAAUAGGCUUCCUCGCGAGAAAAGGGAAAACUUGGCAGCUAUGAUUUAUACACACAUGCAUCACAGUUAUAUGAAUGUAGCUCUCAUAGUUUCCUGUAGUUUUCUGCAGUCAAAGACUAUGAAGGCGCUCUGGCAGGCUUAAAAAUGCUGGCAUAUCUGUAAAUAUGUGUGUGAAAUUCUUUAUAAGCAUUACUGGAAUGGGUUUUUUAAUAGGGAAAAGCAACUAAUUCCAUUAUUUUUGAUAGCUGAAUUGUAGCAUGGAAAUGUUGCAAGUUAUAUAUGCAAUUAUAUAAAUAAGCUAUCGGCGAAUGUCAGUGUACUUGCAGCUGACAGCAAGCUUUGCUUAAGAAAUGCAAAAUCUAUGUUUAAAAAAAGAAGAGUUAUACUUAUUUAUGAUAACUUUAACUCUCCUGGGUGAGACCUUAUUUUUUGGUAUUAGCGUGUGUUCAGAGGCUACCUUUCUGAGAAUACAGCCCUUGUGGGGUGAGUGGGAGCUGGUUGUGGGUGCUUACUCACAUGGUGUUAGGAGGCGGGUAUGCUGCAUUUAUCCACCUGUACUUACCCUGUGACUCAUUCUCAGAUCAUGGAGGCAGGAAAAAGCCCAUACAGCCUGGCCCAAACUUCAUAUUCUCUGUUUAUAGUGUCAGGCCAAAGCUCAUUCACAUUCUCAGGUUAAGCACUCAAGUAUUAUCCAAGCAAGCCCCAUAUUAUUCAAGCUUCUCACGUUUGGUGAAAUGGUCAUAGAAUCAUAGAGUUGGAAGAGACCACAAGGGCCAUCCAGUCCAACCCCCUGCCGAGCAGGAAACACCGUCAAAGCAUUAUUGACAUAUGCCUGUCAAGCCUCUGCUUAAAGACCUCCAAAGAAGGAGACUCCACCACACUCCUUGGUAGCAAAUUCCACUGCCGAACAGCUCUUACUGUCAGGAAGUUCUUCCUAAUGUUUAGGUGGAAUCUUCUUUCUUGUAGUUUGAAUCCAUUGCUCCGUGUCCGCUUCUCUGGAGCAGCAGAAAACAACCUUUCUCCCUCCUCUAUAUGACAUCCUUUUAUAUAUUUGAGCAUGGCUAUCAUAUCACCCCUUAACCUUCUCUUCUCCAGGCUAAACAUACCCAAUUCCCUAAGCCGUUCCUCAUAAGGCAUCGUUUCCAGGCCUUUGUCCAUUUUGGUUGCCCUCCUCUGGACACGUUCCAGCUUGUCAGUAUCCUUCUUGAACUGUGGUGCCCAGAACUGGACACAGUACUGGACACAGUACUCCAGGUGAGGUCUGACCAGAACUGGACACAGUACUGCAGGUGAGGUCUGGUGUCAGAUCUAAACGUCUAACCGGGGUAUACUCUCCUCCCGUGGCGUGGAAGGACAGAAUGCUUUGUGCUGUGACCAACGGUGAUUUACAAGGUGUUUUCAUUCCUUCGUACAGAGAUGCAAGUAAGGACCGCAGAAGCACCAACAAUGGGAUUUAAGUAGCAUCUCUGCAUUUGCAGCUGUUGAUCUCUUAUUGUUUUAAGCUGCACGGUUCUGAAAGCAUUUGAUAUUCACAUGUUAUUGCAAACUCUUGGAAUAGCAAGCAGGGGCAGAGCAAAUAAUGCUGCUGCUCUGGCAAACAGCAACGUUAAUAUUUUUUCCUACUUUAAAAAAAAGAAAUUUUCUCACUAUACUUCGAGGCAGUGUUUUCCAAGUGGAACUGCCUGCCUCCAGAGCAGGUCCUCUCUCCCCGCAUCUCAGUGUGAGUCACUGUUUCGGUUCAGCCCCAGUUGGAAGGAGGCGAAACUGGAAGUGGUGCAAUGAGCAGACUCCUCUGAGGACAGGGAAUUUUGCUCUGUAUAGGGAGGGAGGCAAUUGUCAGAGGUCCCUCUGCUGGAAGCAGGGGGUGGGUGCUCACACCUGGAGCUUACCUGCAUGCUGUGACAUAGUAGGUAAGUACACAGGGCUUACAGGAGUUUUUGAUUGGUUUCUUUAAAAUUUUAAUACUUCUAUUUCUAGUGCAACAAGCUAAUGUGCCCCAAUGCACAAUUUGGUGAAUUACUGCUCCAGGGUAAAUGAACAAUUGAAUCUUUUUCCAAUAAGAAAAAAUAGCUUAUAAGAAACAUUCAAAUCAUGCCACAUCAUGUAAAUCCAGUUUGAGUUUAUCUGAGCAACCACUCUGGCCUGUAUAUAUGCUAAUAUCUAAAAUAGGAUGGCAGUUUUUCAGGCUGUGUUUUUCAUAGGUUAGAUAAGAAUCUUGUUUUAGUUUCAAUAACAAGGAGUCUCUCUGGGCCAAACUAGAUGAGAUGCAGGAGAUUUGAAUCCGGUGGUUUUCAGCUGAUUGCCACAACUUUGGACCGUCAACUAGACUGGGCCUGGGGAAGAGGAUUUAAUUCCCAGUGUGCUUCCCUUUGCUUUGCUGGGGUGGCCUUUGUAUAGGUAGCUGUAUCCUUUUCUUCACAGGGCAAAUGACAACUUACGCAUGUGCUUUUGAUGAGGAAAAUGACUUGGUUUGAUGGAUUUCUGUAUUUUAGUGUUUUGUUGGAAGCCGCCCAGAGUGGCUGGGGGAACCCGGCCAGAUGGGCGGGGUAUAAAUAAUAAAUUAUUAUUAUUAUUAUUAUUAUUAUUAUUAUUAUUAUUAUUAUUGGAAGGAUUGACUUUGCCUUCUCCCGUAUUGGAACCCGUUCCAAUUCUAGGACUCUGAUCUUCCCCCAUCACCCCCAGUUUGGCUAUGACCCUGCUUUAAAAUGCAACUUGAAUGCAGUGUAAACAUGUUUUUCAACCUUCCCUCACAACCUCUCAUCAAACGGGAGGCCAUGACUGCCUAUCUCACACACUGACUCAAUUGAGAUAUUACACUGAGAUAUUACACUAUACAACAUGCCAGGUGGAAACCUCCAAACUGAUACUGCAAGCCAGGAUUACAUCAUGAUUUGUAAAGGGGGGCGGGGGGGGAGGAGGAAUCACACCAGUUUCCCAGUAAGGUGUUAUAGCAAGCCAGUAACUCUUGUACUAAGAUGGGCAUGUGAAGAAGGGAGGAACCACACAGGGACAUUGUGCAUUCCCCAAUCCAGGAAUGUGAUAAUUGAACCAAACAAUUGAACAGCUUUUCUGCCUAAAAGGGCAAAAAAUAUCUGACUUCUUAGGUCAGGCAUAGGCAACCUUGGCUCUCCAGAUGUUUUGGAACUACAACUCCCAUGAUCCCUGACCACUGGCCCUGUUAGCUAGGGAUCAUGGGAGUUGUAGUUCCAAAACAUCUGGAGAGGCAAGGUUGCCUAUGCCUGCCUUAGGUCAAGCAUUAUAAGAGUGGCACAAGACAUUAUUAUUAGAAUCAUAGAACCACGGAGUUCUAGGCUAGUCAACCCCAUGUAAUACAGGAAUUUCAGCUGAGGCAUACAUGACAGAUGGCCACCCAACCUCUGCUUGAAAACCUCCAAGGAAGGAGACUCCACAACCUCCUGAGGAAGACUUCCACUGUUGAACAGCUCUUACUGUCAGAAAGUUUUUCCAUAUAUUUAAUCGGAAUCUCCUUUCUUGUAACUUGAAGCCAUUGGUUCGAAUCCUACCUUCCUGAGCAGGAGGAAAACUUGUUCCCUCUUCCAUGUGACAGCCCUUAAGAUACCGGUAUUUGUAAAUGGCUAUCAUCUCUCCUCUCAGUCUCCUCUCCUCCAGGGUAAACAUACCCAGAUUAGUACAUUUCCUUUUCAUCUCCAUAGAGGACUCUUGCCUAGUAAUGACCAGUCGUUGCUUCUGAAAGUUUUGAGCGCUUCAAGUAAAUGAUCUUGUGCCAUGUCUUUGGACGUAGGAACCUUUCAUUUCAUAGUGGCUGCUAUGUCCAUUUGCCAGGAAAGAUUAGGACUCCAAAAAUGGAUUAAGAGAAAUUAGUGAAGACAUCUUAUUAUUUCGCUUAGGGCCUCAUUGCACAGUGGAUUUUAAUUUGUAUGCAUUAAGUACAGUAUGUCAAAAAUAUAAAGGUGCAAAUUCAACAAACUUAUUCACAAAAGCACAUCUCAGUCCAGUAGACAUGGCAGGGAGCUGGAAUUGGAAUUUCACUUAAGUACCAACAUAUACUAAUUUUAAUGAUUUUUGCUUUAGCAGCAUCUGUGAAGUUGAUGCUUUACACAGCAACAUAGACAGGCUCGUCUCUUUCCUAAACUAUUUUGUGUACAGAUUUGCGUAUGGCCCUGCUUUAGAUCUUAAAAUGCAUGAACUGUACUUCUCAUGCAAGUCUACUUUGCUGCUGCAUAUUGUGUGAUGUCUGUUAGGCUGUAGUGGACAGCACAGCACUAAGUGACCUUUUCAUGACAACUCCCAAAGAAAGUUAUAUUUCUUUUGUUCUCCAGAUAGGUCAUGCGUGGAUGUAAUGUUCAACCAUCCUUUGUGCUAAACAUGGUUUGUUGUCUUAAUUCUGAGCGAGACCCUCAAUAUACAGUAAAAUGGUAGCUUGGCUUGUCAAGUUAAGGUCUGUCCCCAAGGACAGCCGCUUGCCACGUUGCAAGCGGAGAAGCUGGAGGGGCAGAGAAACUGCCUUAACCAUUGUUGGUUUGGUGUAGAUCCUAUUCUUUACCUAUGGUUUGCAUGCCCACAUGAAACCAUGGUUUAUGGCCAGUAUUAACCAUCGUUAAGGAAAACAAACCAUGGUAUAAACUACAGUAUGUGCAGCGCGUUAGUUUUUUUCCAUUAGAAUUAAUCUCUCUCUCCAGCUAACAUAUCUGUUGGAUGGGCUUUGCUUUAUGAUGAAUGUCAGAAAAGAAGUGUUGCUGUUUUAAAUAACUUCUGUGCUCAUGAGACCUGCUGCUGUUCAAAGGCAGCUUGCUCCCCAAGAGGUUUGUAACACAUCUGUCAGGAUUUUGGCCCAACAAGGAAAUUCUUUUGGGGAGCAGGAAACAGCAAAUUUGAAUUUACUGCAAAAAGCCAGAUAGGCAUGCUUACUAUAUACAAUUUUCUCUACUGCAGGAUUUCUACUAGUUUGGAGACACAACUGCUUCUCUGACACACACACACACACACACACCAGCCACUUGACAUUCAGGCGGGUAGCCAGUUCUUCAGGUCAUAACCCAGGAUCCCAUGUAAAUCUUUAAGCUCAAGAUUGUUUUAAGAAUUGACCUUUAUUCGGUGUCCAUUUGCUUAAUUAGGUAAUGCAUUGUAGCUCAAAUUCCCUGCUGUUUUGAAAAGAUACAUUUUAAUGGGAAAGUUUGCUUCCCUGCAGUAUGAUACGAGGCCCAUUGAAUUGGCCAGUUUGCGCAAUCAGACUCAUGUAGCAAAUGUUGUUUUGUUUCCUCAGGAACAUCAGGUUGCAACUGUUUGCAUCUGUGUGUUGAGAGAAAAGUGCUUAUUUGUAUGCAUUCUCCCCCAAGGAGAAAUAUAUAUAUAUUUAUAGCUUUUCCUAGGCAUGGUACUUAAACUGAACCCUUAUUCUCUGGCAAUCUACGUAGUUCUCUGUGUAGCUAAUCCCUCCCACCCCUCUUUUUUGGGAGGAGCAGUUCAAACUAGCCCUAAAUCAUAUAUUUCCUGUUAUAAAGCUUUCUGGAAAUAGACAUGGAAACCAUAAGGUUGAAAACAAAUACUUUUUAAAGAAAGAGUUGGGGCUGAUGCAGUGCAUCUUGGGGACUUGCUGCAAGUUUAUUACAGUGGUACCUCGGGUUAAGAACUUAAUUCGUUCCGGAGGCCCGUUCUUAACCUGAAACUGUUCUUAACCUGAGGUACCACUUUAGCUAAUGGGGCCUCCCGCUGCUGCAGCACCGCCACUGUGCGAUUUCUGUUCUCAUCCUGAGGUAAAAUUCUUAACCUGAGGUACUACUUUGGGUUAGCGUUUGUACCCCGAAGCGUUUGUAACCCGAGGUACCACUGUAGUUACUUGAAGUCCACCAUGAAAUCAAAAUUAACUUUGGCAUAGGUAGGAAGGAAGGAAGGAAGGAAGGAAGGGGUCUGAUUUUGGGUGGUAGGGGGUUAAUGGUAAUGGAGAAAAGCCUAAAUCCCCAAGCUUUGAAGGAGUGAAUUGAGUGUGUGUUUAGAUGAUUCCAGGCUGAAAUGCCAGAAUACUGUUACUUCUAGUUCUUUGAUAACAAACUGAAUCAGCAUUUAAUAGUUUUAAAGCAUUCUUGUUCCUUAAGACACCGGCUUUGUACAAAUUGAAACGUGGGUUAAUCUUUGCGUUGACUUGCAGCCCAAGCCUAUGAAUGUUUGCUCAGAAGUCCCCCUGUGUUCAGUAGAGCUCACUCCCGGGUCAUUGUGCAUGGAAUUUCAACCUCCGAAUUGGGAGGGUGUGGGUCAUUCUAGAAUCAUAGAGUUGGAAGAGACCACGAGGGCCAUCCAGUCCAACCCCUUGCCAAGAAGGAAACACCAUCAAAGCAUUCUUGACAUAUGCCUGUCUAGCCUCUGCUUAAAGACCUCCAAAAAAGGAGACUCCACCACACUCCUUGGUAGCAAAUUCCACUGCCGAACAGCUCUUACUGUUCUUUCAGUCAGGAAGCCGAAAGGACAAGGAAUACUGCUAGGCCUGAAAGGAUAGCUUUCAGGACUGAAGUGGGCAAUGAUGAGUGUCUAGGCAGAGGAAAUAAAUAUUCUAAGUCCAGGGCAGAAAUUGAAGGCACUUGCAAGAGUCACUACAAUGAGAAUUUCAGUGUUGGCAGUGUUCCCUUGUUUUCAGCUUCUGUUGACUUCUGAUUAGCCCAUGUUUUAAUUCCCUGUUUGUGUGUGUUCUGUACACGAGUUAUUUCUCCUGUUCUGAAUAAAGUUUGUUUGUUUUUCUUUUGA